CUUGUCCCGAAAGUCGCAGAGGAAGCUACAAGAACAAGCGAAAACACACAAGGACAAAGAGAAGAAGAAGUAGAACAAUGGAGUCUCAGAAGAAAAUAGCGCAUGAGAUCGGUGGUGUGAAGAAUGACGCUCUCCGAUUUGGUCUCCACGGCGUUAAAAGCGACAUCAUCGGAUCUCACCCACUCGAAUCCUCUUACGAAUCUGAAAAGAAAUCGAAAGAGGAGUUGAAGAGGACGGUCAUUGCGCAUGCCUACGGGACUGCACUUCCGUUGAAGAUGGAUAUGGAUAGGCAAAUUCUCUCACGGUUUCAGAGACCUCCUGGACCAAUUCCGUCGUCAAUGCUCGGUUUAGAAGUCUACACAGGAGCUGUGGAUGACUUUGGUUUUGAGGAUUACUUGAAUGAUCCUCGUGAUUCCGAGACAUUCAAGCCGGUAGACUUCCACCACGGGAUGGAAGUUCGUCUUGGCAUCUCAAAGGGACCGGUUUACCCAAGUUUCAUGUAAGGCUCCCUCAUGGGUGGUUUAAUUGGUUGUUAUGUCUUUACCUUUUGAACACUCGAGUGAGAUCGUGUAUGAACUUAUUUCAACCGUAGACUUAUAUUCUCUCUUAAGUUUGAAAUCAGAUGAGAUAACUAUGAAUGAACAAUCAAAUUAUAGUUUUCGAAACUAUAGAUCAAUUAACCUUUCACGUA